UUUAGGAUCUACUUCAACAGAUUUUCCUUGCGCUCUUCUCCUCUCUGCCUAAAGCCUUUUUCAUUGUGGUUGUUUUGUUUUGGAGUAUUUUUUUCUUUUUCGGAGGGGAGAGGAGCAGGAGGAGGAUUAUGCUUAGACUGCAUUCAACCUGGACUUGCAGAAUAAGCCCAUAGUAGUGAUCCUCUCUGUGCGACCAAAAAAGUGGAAAUACCUGCCCUCCAUGCUUGGUGGAGUCCAGCUGAGAGCUGCUGCAUUACUGCAGUGAAGAGCUUGGGAACAGCUGCCGAGGAAUGAAGUCUCCACCUCUUCUCGUGGCCUCGCUCCUGGCAUGCAUCAUUGUUUUGGGUUUCAAUUACUGGAUUGCAAGCUCUCGCAAUGUGGAUCUGCAGGUCACCUUCCUCAGGGUGGUGGCCUCCAGCCCUUAGUAGCUGUGUCUGCACCACUGAGGCUUUGCUGCAUGUUCAUGGAGCAGCUGAGAGGAAGAGUUGGAUCAUAGAGCUGGAAGGCAAGGUUCGCAGGGCAGCAGCGGAGAGAGGCGCCGUGGAGCUCAAGAAGAAUGAAUUCCAGGGACAGUUGCAGAAGCAGCGAGAGCAGAUUGAUAAAAUCCAAUCCUUGCAUAGCUUCCAGAUGGAAAAUGCCAACAGAGCACAUUGGGAAGAGAAGGCAGUGCUGAUGAAUAACAUCACAACAAAUGAACGAUUGAUCCAGAGUCUACAAGAACACAUGAAAGAGUUACAGACAGAGUAUGGAAAGCUGCAGCUGGAUGUUUACCGGUUUCAGAAGAACCAGACUAACCUUCAGAGAAAGUUCUCAUACGACCUGUCACAGUGCAUAAACCAGAUGAAGGAAUUAAAAGAACAAUGUGAAGAAAGGGUAAAUGAGAUCUCAAAAAAAGGCAGUGAUGUACCGCAGGUCAAAGAAAAUAAAGACUUCUUAAAAGAUUCAAAAAGAAGUGCCCAGGCUGAUGGUCAGCUGCCAGCUUCGAAGCAACCUGAGUUCAAGCAGACUGACUUGGAACAGCAGAGAGCCAAAGAUGUGCCAAAAGCAGUGCCUACAGUAAAAAGGACAGAUGCUCUGCAGCCUAAUGAAAGAUUAAAUGGCCUCACUGCCAUCAGAAAAGAGGACUCCAAAGCAGAGGAGGAGCAGCUCUCUGUUGAACUGAAACACCCACAGGGUUUGGCCAUGGCUGGCACAGGUCGUAAGGAGGUGCCCCCGGCGUCAGAGAAAGAACUGAAUCCAGUGGAAGAUGGAAAAAACAUAGCCGAGCAAGAGGCACCACAGCCAGCUGCAGAACAGAUUGCUGACGAGGAGGUGGAGAGGGAGCAGCUCCUCAAUUACGAUGCUAAGCAGAGUGACUCGCCUCCUGGACAGGCUGACCAACAAGCACGUGAAGUAUUGAAUCAGGACAAGGAUGUUGACUACAAUUUAGAUGAGAAUGAAGCUGAAUCAGAAACAGACAAGCAAGCAGCACUUGCAGGCAUUGAAACUGUUCAAAACUCUAAAGAAAAAAUAUGAAGAACAACUUACUUGACCAAACUGGAACACAACAGAGGCUGUGAACAAGGGAAAUUCAUGAUGCAUCUUAGUCAACAUUUCCUAUAAACACAGCAAUGACAAGAGGAAAGUGAUUUAGGAAUGUUUGAUUAUCUUCUCAAGGCUAUGAUAAAGGCUCAAAUGAAGUAGUUUGUUGUUUAGUUUUACUACUGUUUCAGGGGUGAAAAAAUUACAUCUCUCGAGGUUUGUUUUAAAGCAGUGUGACCUCUGCAAUAAGACCUUUCUUCAUACUUAUUAUGAAAUGGAAACCAGCUAACAACUACUAUAGUAACUUUGAAGUCAGCUGACUUGUACAGUCAUGCUACAAUAACAUUAUACUUGGACUGUUAGUAGAUGGGAAGGAGUCCUCUGGCAAAGAUGGAAUUUUCCCCUGAGCAGUGCAGUAGAGAAAUCCCCAACCUAGUUUUAAGAGAGAUGAGCUAACUUACUUUGACAAAACAUGGGAAACAUGAAAAAUGUCCCAUGCUACAGUCUGCCCUCGUGCCAGUUCUGACACCAUUUUACUGCAAUGUGAAUAGACUCAGAAAGCAUGAUUGUAGUUCUCAGAUAUGACAUGGCAAUAUAUAUUUUCCUUGAUCUCAUGAAUGAAACUUCUACUUACAUGAUCUGUACCAGGAAUGAAUUGCUGUCUUGGUGUUAUUCCUAGCUUUUGGGUUAAAAAUAGAUUCUAGUAAUAGAAUAUUCUUAAGAGAUUACCAGGAGUGUUUCCUGAAAGCCUUGUUGGACAUCUCUCCACAAAAUCAGAAGUGCCGCUAGCUUACACAGAUAUCAGUCAGACUGACACCUGAACUUGUGAUGUGAGAGGCCUUCUGCAAUGGUGUGCUACUUCUGCCCUUCCCUCUACUGAAACAAUAUCUUCCACUAAAGAGUAGAAAGGAAGUGCCUGCCUCAUGGAACAGCAGAUUCAGCUGUGGAAAAGUGUCUUCUCUGCUGGACUUUUGAAGGAUGCGGACCAGGUUGUGCAUUUACCAGACAUUUCAUCACUACCCACAGGUGAAACAAUAGUUGAUGUGAAGUGCUGUGUUACACACCUUUAUCACAUGGUUGAUAUUCUAUAGUCUUUGCAUUUUCUGCGACUUGUUGAUCUAGUUUACUUGGGAGAGCCUAGAAUACCCAUGGCUGCCACUAAAACCUUUUAACUUUAAGUCUCAACUUUGUUGUUUGUAGCCAGCUGAAGAUUGUAUUUAUGUCUGUUUUUAAGACCAAGACCCAGGUUUGGAGCAUUCUCUAUGAAUAUGAACCAACAGCCACCAAGACAGUAUGGGAGAAGAUAGACAUGAAUAACUUUCCAACCAACAGUUUCAUUUAAGAAUAUAGAAAUUUGUCAUGGCUUUCUUUUAAUGCACUUCAUAUCAUAACUGUUACAGUUUAUCAUUUUUAAUGUACUAGUUAACUAUUCCUGUACCUUAAGUUGCCUGAAUGUGCAAAUAGAGGGGUGGUUCUUUUGUGUGUGAAAAGAGUUGUCAUUCAGUAAAAGAAGCAGGAACCAUCAAAUGGUGCCUGGUCCACAUACGUCCACAAAUGGUUCACUGACAGACUUGCGAAGUGCAACCUGAAUUAUUUUGAGAGAAGAACUAUGCUCGGUUACUGAGUCAUUUGCUACUGUGUAUUAUCACCAUUUAAGUCAGAUUUUACUGUGCUGGACUAUUGCAGUCAGUAGUAACAGAGAAAGCAAAUACUUUUAAGAAGUAGAGAAGAGGAUGUACGAGCAUUUCUUCCAAAUGACAGAUGUUGGAAAACUUGGGGAUAUUUCUGUACUGCUGGUUCUUUUGCUUUAUCUUUUGUAAAACAUGGUAUGCUUUGACAUCAAAAUGUUUACAUGUAUUCAGAGUAGAGUGAGCAUUAUCUUAGGACUUAAUCUGUAAACAGUUAUUUAGCUCAGAUGACGUUACUCAAUUUCUGAUUACAGAACUGUACAUUUUAACACUAUGAAAUGUACAGUGAAAUGCUGUAUUCAAGUUGAAUGAAUGAUUUUAACUUGAAGCGCCUAAAAUCCUGAACAAAACCCACAAUUCCUUAACAUAAUUAAUAUGUUGCCAGAUAAUUCUUUUAGAAUUAGAAUAGUCCAACUGCCUGACCACCUUAGGGCUAACAAAAAGUUAAAGCAUAUUACUGAGGGCAUCAACAACUUGUCUAGGAAGACUGUGGCAGUGUCUGACCACCCUCAGGGGAAGGAAAUUGACAACUGCACUUCUGUGCAGUACCUAAAACCUGACUAGGCUUCUUGCUAGCCAGGUAGGUGGUGUCCUUCUGUAAACAUGACCUCCUUUAUGCAAAGUACAAUUGCUGUACCUCUGACUGAAGGUGGAAGGCUGAAAACCUGUGUAAAAGCAAUGUUCAAAAUAGUAACAGAAUGCUAUCUUACUCUCAAUAGCUUCAAGCGCUACAAGAAUGUACCUGGGGUGAUAAAUUUCUAAUAGUCAAGGGACUGUUGUGUCUACUAUAUGGAACUUUAAAGGACUUAAUUUAGUUGAACAAAACAAGAUUCACUUAGAACUGAGAUUAAUGUAAUGUUUUUCAUUAAAUUUUUUACUUGCAUGAGGGAGGGGAAGCUUCUUGUCUAAUCUUCCUGGGCUUAAAUUAACACUUGUCCCCAUUGUUUUUUAAAAACAAAGUCUGAUCUAUUUAAAUAAGCAUUUUAAAAUAAAAAAUAAUCUUUUCUAUUGUCUAUUACCUUAUUCUGUACUGUUGAUCCACUUGUAAUGUUAAUGGAAAUGGAGAAGAUGAUUGUUAUUGAGUUCUGUGAAUGAUGUAGAACUUGGUCUCUCUCUUAUUUGUUGCUUCUUCUGGAGAAAUACAGAAGGCUUUCCUUGAGCCACUGGUAUGUGAUUAAAGAUUUUGAAGCCUGGAA